UCUGAAAGCCGUUCAUACUUGUUGGUCGAUCUCUCAACUUCAUUGCUUGUAAGCUUGGUUAAUGUUGUUUAUUUCCUAAGUCUUAUUCGGAUAUAGAUUCAUAUUGAAUUAAUGUCUUUGAUCUCAGCGAAUGAGUGUAUGAAGAUGCAGUGCCAAAUAUACGACUAAAGGCAAAGACAUAAAUUCCAGUUGAAGUCCACCAGCUAAACGACUGUGUCAAGAUGGAUAAACCGAAAAGAAGCUUCGAAUUUCGUAUGUCGAAAAAAGUUGCAGAACUGACCCAGGUUGUCCACAUGUUAUUCACGCGAAAUCACGAGAAGGAAGUGGAAAUGGAGGCAUUGAAAGAUGCUUAUGAACACGAAAUAGAACUUGUUAUUGGUGACGCCAAACAAAGGAUAGCAAAAUUAGAGGCGGAACUUUCGGAAUUAAGUAAAAACAAAUCAACAUCAAAAAAUAUUGAAGAAAAACAUCGGGAGGCUUUAAAAUCUCAGCAGGACGAUUACGAGAAAAGACUUAAACAGACAGAAAUAUUAUUGCAAGAGGAAAAAACCGAAUGUCAAAACUUACGGGAUAUGUUAAUCGGUGCGCAGAGUGAUAUUGAAAAAUUACGUCAGGGCGUCUCUGAGCAGCUUACGUCUAAAAGUGAAGAACUAUUUAAAAGGGAGAGUGAGUUAGAAAAACUACGAAAACAUUCGAAUUUAUUAGAGAAAAAACUAAAAGAGGUGGAUAAAGAUAUGAAUUUUGCCAUACGCGAAUCUGAUCGCAACACGCUGAUGCUACAAGACGAACUUCAACACAUGCACUGUUCACUUGAUGAGAGUCUUAAAAAUCGAGACAUGCUCAUUGGUAGAAAUAAACAAUUAGAAAAUGAGUUAAAAAAUGCUAAAAAAGAUUUUAAUAGGAGAGUUUCAGAAGCGGUGUCCAAUCAUGUCGGUCGAAUUUCUAAAAGCGCUCACCAUUCAGAUAGUGAAGAAUUAGAGAGGCUCAGAAAGGAAGUAAGAAAAUAUAAACUAGAAUUAAGCAACAGAGACUGGAAUUUUAACAGAAUGUUCACUGAAAAACAACCAAUAUUUGUUGACCAUCGAGCCUCAAAACCGGCACAGCAGCCACCACGAGCACCUUCACCAGCAAACUGUUCAGCUCCAGUUCAUCCAUCAUCAGCACCGUUUCAGAGAGAAAGGUCUUUUUCUCAAAUUAUAACAUUACCCCACGACGAGAAGAAGGUGGGUUUACUGACUACACGACCAGCAUCAGCAGCAGUCAAUUCUUUACCAACAUUAUCACCAAGUCCAUCAUUCUCAGAGCGAACCAGAUUCACAAAACUCGUGAAACCAAGGCCUUUAUCUAAGGAGAUGCUGUACUCUAAAUGAAAUAUUUUAUUUGUUUGUUUUUGUUGUAAUAAAAGUCUUUUA